AUCGUGUUAACCUCCUUCGCCACCUUGGCUUCCUACAAGUUCACUGCGCUGGUCACUUCAGUGGAUGAUGAUUUCUAUGUCUAUCCACAUCGGUGACAGCAUCGGAUGGAAGGGAGAUUGCAACGUGUUCCUAAUGGAUGGAUUAAAUAUUGAGUGGGGUUGUCAAAACGGGUGGGCUAUCACAGCUGCAACUAGCUCAGCUCAGGGGACAGCUCGCGUUGAUGUAUGAGAUAAUGGGACACUUGGAUUUCUCGAGGGUGAUAUAUGUGGGGGGCUCACAUCUGAUAUCCUACUCUGAAUCAUAUCUGAGUACAGCUCAUAUUCAGGCGAAAUCACCAUUCCGUAGCGGCUAAGGUCCUUGGACCGCUGAUUUGAACCUUAAGGGAGGCAAAAGGCUACCGAGUACAGUUGGGAACGCAGCAAGGAUGGAUCAAGUAAUAUGAUCACACUUCAAGAUAACGAGACAGCCUUUGCUGGAUUCACACUCAGGUCAUCAAUUGUGCAGGAUGUGGAUUGAAUUGACCCUUCAGUCGCAAUCCUCAGACUCAAAACCACGUCCCACUUGUAUUGGCCCAACUGCUGCGCAGAAAUUCGCUCACCCCGAUGGAUCGAGAGAUUGGCAUAUUACGAGCAGCAGCAAAAAAGAAACCUUAGUGUGGUUGUACUCGUGGUUGAUGACACUACUAGAGGAAGUCUCGGUCAAUGAAAGCAAUAAUCUGUACAUCAUCCUGGCCUCUCCUCAAACGAACCGUUGCCAAGAGAAUCAUUCCGUGUGCCGAAGUUCCGGAUCCCACCCGACAAGGCCGUAAACGACCUUCAGAAACAAAUCAA